AACAGUUGCGAAGUUGAUACAUUAUAAAAGACAAUCAGCAGUAGAAUAGACAUCUCUUACACAAAUUGAUGAUCAUGGCAAAUCGAUGUUAUUAGUUAGGUUCACAUUUCCUAGGUGGAAGAUGUACUAAAAUUUGAAUUUCAAAAUUUACAGGGGACGACUAAGACGAUCAACAUGAACAACACAACGUCGAAUGUCUCUAACUUGGGCCAAUGUGAUCAACCAAUCAAUGAGUUGUUUGCGUAUGCAUGCGUAUAUUAUACAUUGCAUGGUUACCUAAGCUUGGCAAUUUGCUGUUUCGGAGUUCCUACAAAUUUGGUGAACAUUAUAAUACUUACUAGAAAGAGCAUGCGUAACCCAAUCAAUAAUAUCUUAACCGGCAUUGCAAUCUCAGACGCCAUAACAAUGAUGUCAUACAUACCAUUUGCAAUUCAUUUUUAUAUACAACACGGCCUUGAACGAACACCAGCCAAAUACACAUUCGAAUGGACUUGGUUUCUUGCCUUACAUGUUAACGUGAGUGUUACCACACACAUGAUUUCAAUAUGGCUAGGAGUGUGCAUGUCAAUUGUGCGAUAUAUCUACAUAAAAUCUAUGGGAAUAGGAAAAAUAAAUAUCGACCAAGCAAAAUCGGUUAUACUAGUGGUCAUGGUAUUCCUUAUAUCCAUAUUGUUUUGUAUACCAAAUUAUUAUAUCACAAAAGUACGUAUAACUGCAGGAUCGGAUAAUGUGUACAUGCUUGAAAAUUUACGUUUAGGGGAAAAGGAUAUGCCUUGGAUAGAAGCUUUAGCUGCUUGGAUAUUUAUUUUGAUGGGUAAAAUAGGACCUUGUAUACUUAUAACAAUAUCCGGAAGUCUUCUUUUGUACACAUUGCACAUAAGUCAAGAACGAACCAAAGCACUGAAAGGAGCAAGAGUUGAAGAACGCAUGCGCACUCACCGACGGACAACAAUUAUGCUGCUGGCUAUUAUUUGUAUGUUCAUUGUGGCUGAGCUUCCACAGUCAAUCUUACUUUUGAUUGGCAUUUUCAAAGAAAAUUUCUUCAAAGUGGAAUAUGCUUUGUUAGCAGAUACAAUUGAUAUUUUAGCACUUAUCAAUAACGCAACUAACUUUAUUAUGUAUUGUGCUAUGAGUAGACAAUUUCGUGAUAUACUCUUUGAAAUGACAUGCAAAUAUUUACAUAAUGGCGAAGAUGCCUCUUACAGUCACGUUAAAGCAAUUCAGACAAAAACGUCGCAUGUUCAUGUGUAAAGUAAACGGUUCUGAGAAUGCAAGAUAUACUCGCCAUUUUCACUAAUAGGGACUUUCAUUCAACAAGUCAAGAUUUAAAAGUGAAGGAAUUGUAGAUUAACAUAUACAUAUUAAUUUGACGAUAUUUAGAUUCUACCACAAACACUGAAAUGUGAUACAAAUUAAGAAGCAAAUAUUCUAUCGUGCAACCAACAAUUUGAACACGUGAUUAUCUUCUACACAUUGCACAUAAUCAAUGCAGGAAGGCAAGGAUGUAAAGUACGUAUUAGCAAGGAUUUUUCGACACAACUGAUUACAAAUGAUGCAGCUUUUACACCGAUUAAACAUACUAUAGACCUAAACGUCAGCAGAAACUUUUUUCAUGAUGAAGCAUUAUGUUCCGAUAUUAUUAAUGUCUUUGAUUCAUACGGAUAAAAUUGUCAAUCACUACAACACACCUUUAACUAUUUUACAGUUUCAAGGCACACGAUCUUCCGAGUUGUGUUGUUCGUUAUGACUUAUAGAUAACAAUCUUGAGACAUAAUGACAUAAUGAAUGAAAUAUUAGAGGGUUCGUUGAACUAGAAAGUUUAUAUCAUUAGUUAAAUUCAAUUUUUUAGUCCACAAACACGUUACAUAAAUUUUGUUGUUUACAUUGUUUCGUCUCAUUUGCUUCAAUGAUUUUCAUUUAAGGUGGUACCUAACACUACAGGGAUAUAACUCUGAAAAAGCUGCUGAACGCUUUAGUGACGUUGUGUUGUAAAGGGAAAAUUAAGCAUCUCAAUGAUCAAAAUUAGUGUUUGUCAAACUGCUAUAU